GGAGAACAGAUUUUGGAUCAGAGCUUCAACGAUCAAUCCAGCCAAUUCUCGUAUAGCGUUUUAUACCACAUGUCGUCAACAACCAGUAAUCUUCUCGCCCGAUUUGAUGCCCUCGAUUUAGCUUCGUACGAAUUGUUUCCAUUCUUAAUAUGCCCGGCGUGCAGAAUGAGUUAAAUCGAGUGCACAGUCACAUACUAAUCAAAAUGAUUAUAGCACUGACUGAAUACUGCGCUCAUUGACUGGAAAUCUUAAUUUUAUUUUCUUAAUUUAUUACUCAAACAUUAUAUUAACCCUAUUAUAACAUUGUACUAUGCUUGUUAAUAACGGCAUAUCGGUUACUGCUCCCGUGUAAUAAACGGUCCGUUUUUCUGUCUAUGAUCUCAUCUCUGCCUGGAUGAUAGGAGGGGAGAGGAGUGCGACAUCAAUAGAUUAGACAAAACACUCUUUAGUAAAUCUACGGUUCUCUUGUUGCUGCCUUCCGCGAGUGAUCAUCUGAAAUGGCAACCAGUGUAAAGAGGCCAUCCCUAGGUCCAGUCCCUCCCCCCAGGAAGAAGUCCAGCCCGAAGUCGGAGCUCACCAAGGAGCUGAAACAGGAGAUCAGAGAGGCCUUUGAACUUUUCGACACCGACGCCUCCGGACACAUUGAAGUCAAGGAGCUAAAGGUUGCUAUGAGGGCGCUGGGGUUCGAGCCGAAGAAAGAGGAGACUAAGAGGAUGAUAGCAGAGGUGGAUAAGGACGGAACAGGAAAGAUCUCCUUCUCUGAUUUUCUCACCGUCAUGACUCAGAAGAUGGCUGAGAAGGAUUCUAAGGAGGAGAUCCUGAAAGCAUUCCGACUGUUUGAUGAUGAUGAGACGGGGAAGAUCUCCUUCAGGAACCUGAAGAGGGUCGCCAAAGAACUAGGAGAGAACCUGACUGCCGAGGAACUGCAGGAGAUGAUCGAGGAGGCAGACAGGGAUGGAGACGGCGAGGUGAACCAGGGAGAGUUCCUCCGCAUCAUGAAGAAGACCAGCCUGUACUGAGACUAGACCAGGGUGUUGUGGGGUUAGAAGACCAGCCUGUACUGAGACUAGACCAGGGUGUUGUGGGGUAGAGGGUGGUGUUGGGGACAUACAGGGGCAGAGGAGAUUGUGGUUUGGUUUGACAUGUUAUGUACUAGUCAAGUCAUUACUCAGUUAUCCAGGCCUGUCCUAGUUUAAUUGGACUACCCCCUUUCCUCCUCUCCUUCCUUAUCUCCUUACCGUCAUGAUCACUCAUCAGUUAGAACAUGAGCUAUAAAGACUAUUUAUCUGCCUCUUAGUUAAAAUUCUGGUAGAGUCCCAAAACACUGCUUUCAUCUAUCAAUAUCCUUUUUCACUUUUCAUAUCUGUUAUUAUGAAGAUAAAUGGUUAAAGAACAGGAAAUUGUGUAAGACAACUAGGAACAGAUACUGCACACAGAAACAUUCCAAACAAUAAUUUCCAUUCCAAUCUAUAGAUAGAUUUAUGUGACAUUAAGGAUUUGCCAAAAAUAAUUGCCUUGCUCAAACUGAUCCCCUUAAACAAACUGCUUGUCUUUGAGCCUGAGUCCACCAGAGGGGAUGAAUCAUCAGUUUCAGGGAAGAUCUCACCUCCUCUACCCCUAGUCAACUCCUCUACCUCUAGUCACCUCCUCCAACACCCCACCUCCUCUACCCCUAGUCACCUCCUCUACCCCUAGUCACCUCCUCUACCUCUAGUCACCUCCUCCAACACCCCACCUCCUCUACCCCUAGUCACCUCCUCCAACACCCCACCUCCUCUACCCCUAGUCACCUCCUCUACCUCUAGUCAUCUCCUCCAACACCCCACCUCCUCUACCUCUAGUCACCUCCUCUACCCCUAGUCACCUCCUCCAACACCCCACCUCCUCUACCCCUAGUCACCUCCUCUACCCCUAGUCACCUCCUCUACCCCUAGUCACCUCCUCUACCUCUAGUCACGUCCUCCAACACCCCACCUCCUCUACCUCUAGUCACCUCCUCUACCCCUAGUCACCUCCUCCAACACCCCACCUCCUCUACCCCUAGUCACCUCCUCUACCCCUAGUCACCUCCUCCCCUCCAACACCCCACCUCCUCUACCCCUAGUCACCUCAUCCAACACCCACCUCCUCUACCCCUAGUCACCUCCUCCCCUCCAACACCCACCUCCUCUACCCCUAGUCACCUCAUCCAACACCCUCUCCUCUAUCCCUGGUCACCUCCUCCCCUCCAACAACCCACGUCACCUCCUCCAACACCCCACCUCCUCUACCCCUGGUCACCUCCUCCAACACCCCACCUCCUCUACCCCUGGUCACCUCCUCCAACACCCCACCUCCUCUACCCCUGGUCACCUCCUCCAACACCCCACAUCCUCUACCCCUAGUCACCCCCUCCCCUCCAACACCCCACGUCACCUCCUCCAACACCCCACCUCCUCUACCCCUAGUCACCUCCUCCAACACCCCACCUCCUCUACCCCUAGUCACCUCCAACACCCCACCUCCUCUACCCCUAGUCACCCCCUCCCCUCCAACACUCCACCUCCUCUACCCCUGGUCACCUCCAACACCCCACCUCCUCUACCCCUAGUCACCUCCAACACCCCACCUCCUCUACCCCUAGUCACCCCCUCCCCUCCAACACUCCACCUCCUCUACCCCUGGUCACCUCCAACACCCCACCUCCUCUACCCCUGGUCACCUCCUCCAACACCCCACCUCCUCUACCCCUGGUCACCUCCAACACCCCACCUCUACCCCUAGUCACCUUCUCUACCCCUAGUCACCCCUCCCCUCCAACACCCCACCUCCUCUACCCCUAGUCACCCCCUCCCCUCCAACACCCCACCCCCUCUACCCCUAGUCACCUCCUCCAACACCCCACCUCCUCUACCCCUAGUCACCUCCUCCAACACCCCACCUCCUCUACCCCUGGUCACCUCCUCCAACACCCCACCUCCUCUACCCCUAGUCACCCCCUCCCCUCCAACACCCCGCCUCCUCUACCCCUAGUCACCUCCAACACCCCACCUCCUCUACCCCUAGUCACCCCCUCCCCUCCAACACCCCCUCUACCCCUGGUCACCUCCUCAAACACCCCACAUCCUCUACCCCUAGUCACCCCCUCCCCUCAAACACCCCACCUCCUCUACCCCUAGUCACCCCCUCCCCUCAAACACCCCAUCUCCUCUACCCCUGGUCACCUCCUCCAACACCCCACCUCCUCUACCCCUAGUCACCUCCAACACCCCACCUCCUCUACCCCUGGUCACCUCCUCCAACACCCCACCUCCUCUACCCCUAGUCACCCCCUCCCCUCCAACACCCCACGUCACCUCCUCCAACACCCCACCUCCUCUACCCCUGGUCACCUCCAACACCCCACCUCUACCCCUAGUCACCUCCUCCAACACCCCACCUCCUCUACCCCUGGUCACCUCCAACACCCCACCUCCUCUACCCCUGGUCACCUCCUCCAACACCCCACCUCCUCUACCCCUGGUCACCUCCAACACCCCACCUCAUCUACCCCUAGUCAUCUCCUCCCCUACAUCUAUUUGAACUGUAACGUAAAGUGAAAGUUGUGACUAUUUUUCUUAUUCGUAUUGUUGUAUUUUUGUCUCUUUGAAUUAUCUACAGUAAGAUCUAUAUUGAAUGUUUUGUACAUAUAAACUGCAUGUGCAGAUAUAUAUAUCGAUAUUCAAGAUAUUAAUUAAUGAAAUACAUUCAAGCAGUU